AUGGUCUUAGCCGAUACGCAUCUUCUUGGAUAUGUUCUGGGUCAUCCUAUUGAUCGUAUCAGAAGAGACUGGCAGAUGAAACGUGCUUUCCAAGCUUCAUUAUACAUGCUGAGACCCAGUGUAGUUAUCAUACUGGGAGAUAUUUUAGAUGAAGGAAAAUGGGCCACUAAUGUUGACUUCAGUUCCCAGGUAACGAGAUUUCACGAUAUAUUUCAUCACGACAAUACAGAAACUAUAAUGAAAGCUGUUGUUGGAAAUCACGAUAUUGGGUUCCACUACGCUACUAAUGGAUUUUUAAACGACCGAUUUCAUAACGAUAUUGGUGGUAAUGUUUAUACACCCCCUAUCUACUUAUGGUCUUUUUCUGGAAUCCACUUCGUCUUUGCAAAUAGCGUUGCAUUUGAGGGAGAUAACUGUGAUUUGUGCUACAAGGCGUCAAUGACAUUAAAGUCCAUAAAGAGAUACCUUGACUGUUUGAGAAUGUUUGCUUCAACCAACGCUGAAAGCUGUUAUUCGAAAGAACUUAGUAUGGGUCUUUCUGAUAAAAAUCCAUAUAUAAGCGUAGAUCUAAAUGAUCCAUCGAAUUUCGUUUAUUCACGCCCGGUUCUGCUACAGCAUUUUCCUUUAUAUCGAACUUCUGACAUUGGGUGUCCAACGAAACCUCUUGAUGCUAUGCCAAACCAUUUGAGACAACUUCCGAAUAAACCGAAAAUAGACUGUCUUUCAAAAGAGGCAACCAAAGAACUACUCGAGUCUCUUCGCCCACGACUAGUAUUAUCUGGCCAUACUCACUAUUCGUGUAAAAUUUCGCAUAGAUAUGGCAACUUUUCGGACUCUGUUGUAACUGAAUGGUCGGUUGCUAGCUUUUCUUGGCGAAAUCUUGAACACCCAGGAUUUUUAUUGUUAUCCAUUUCAUCAGCAAACUAUGCAAUUAAUAAGUGUUAUCUUCCAACUGAAAUGCGCCUAAUACAAAUUUACUUCACUGGAUUCCUACUGGUGAUACUGUUUGUUUUUCGUGCAAAAUUAAAACGAUUUUUAUUAUAA